AUGCUAUAAGAGGAAGUAUAAAAAAAAGUCCGAUUCGAAGAUGAAGAAGAGGAAUAAGAAAAAAAGAGCGAUGAAGAAUUAAUUAGAAACCCAAAUAAUCAGAAAUGCCCAAUUAUAGGAGUAAAUGAUUAAUUUUUAGAUCCAUGUAAUAAAAUUAGGUUAUGAAAGAUGCUGUUAAGACAUCACUAAAGGAGGAAGAAGCAUUAGAAUUAGAAAAUGAAAUCGUAUAAUAUACUAUUUCUGAAGGAAUCACUGCUGAAGAAUUAAUAUAAAAUUUAGAGAUUAAAUUAUAUCCAGAACGUGAACCAAUUAAAAAGAAUAAUAGUAAUAUAAAAUAAUUAAUUAUCAGUUGUUCCAGCAGUGCUAUCGUUAAAAACGAAAAAGAUUUAAACUAAAAUCAAUAGGCCUCCAAUUGAUUUAGUAUGUGUGGUUGAUGUGAGUGGCAGUAUGAUUGGGAGAAAAAUCAAUUUAGUAAAGGACUCAUUGAGAUAUUUAAUGAAAAUAUUAGGUCCUGAGGAUAGAAUCUGCAUUAUCGUAUUUACUACUGUAGCUCACAUAGUUACUUCUUUUAUUAGAAAUACACAAGAGAACAAGCCUUUAUUAAAAAAAGCAAUUCUAGAAUUAAAAGGCCUAGCUUCAACAAAUAUAAGUGAUGGGAUGAAUAAGGCUUUAUGGAUGUUAAAGAAUAGGAAAUAUAAAAACCCUGUUUCUUGCAUAUUUUUAUUAUCUGAUGGUUAAGAUGACUAUAAAGGAGCUGAAUAGAGAGUAUUUGAUCAAUUAGAAAUUUUAAAAAUCGAGGACAAGUUUGUAAUUCAUACAUUUGGGUAUGGAUAAGAUCAUGAUGCUUAUGUAAUGAAUCAAAUUGCAAAAUAUAGAGAAGGAAAUUUUUAUUAUAUUGACAAUAUUAAUAAAGUAAAUUUCAAUUAACAAUUAAUAGGCUAGUGAUUAUUUCAUACUUGCAAUGAGUGGAAUGUUAUCAAUAUAUGCUUAGAAUGUUAUCAUUAACUUAUAAUCAAAGGAUUGUGAAAUAGUAAAAGCUUAUGGUGAAGGACAAGUAUGGUAUAAAUAAGACUCGAAUAAUUAUAAGAUAUAAUUAAAUUAUUUACUUGAAGGAGAGAGUAAAGAUUUUGUAUUUGAAAUGUUUUUGAAUGAGGAUUGCAAUUAAAAUAGUAUUACUUUGAAUGUUGAAAUAAAUGGAUAAUUACUUAAAUAAAAUUAAGAAUUUAAAAAGGAAUUAAAUUUUUAGAUUAAUGUAUCAUCAGAAGAGGAGGGUUAAUUAAAUGAACAUGUUGAAAUUAAUUAUUAGAGAGCUAAGGCAGGGCAUGCUAUUGGAGAGGCAUGCCAUUUAGCAUAAUAAAAGUAAUAUUAACCAGCUCAAGAAUUAAUUGAGAAAUAAAUUUAGGUAGUAAAAUCAUCUCCACAUUUUGAAAAUCUUGCUUUGAAGAUUGCUUUGGAGGACUUAGAAAAAUGUAAAAUGUAUUGCAAACCAAAAAUAUUUGAGAUGGAAGGUGAGGCAUUUUUAAUGAAAAAAGAACGAAAUCAUAUUGUCAGAUAAUCUUCAUUAAGUAUUAGUUUGAUUAAUUAUGCAAUUAGCCAAUCUUUGUGAUUGGAAUGAUGAUUAAUAAUAAAAUAUGGAGCAUUUAUAAAAUGGAGAUUUAUAAUUAAGUGCUGCUGGAAGUUUAAAAGGUUCUGAUUCAGAGGUUUCUUCUUAACCAGAUUUUUAAAGAGAUAUUGAUUUUGAUAAUUUUGAUCCAAAAUUAAUCAUUAAGUAGUUGCUAAAAAUGAAACAAUUUAAAAAAGAAUAACUUGAAUUGGAAGAAGAAGAUGAUGAUGAAAAAAUUGAUUAAUUAAAAGAAUAAUUACAAUAGGAUAAAUAAAUAGAGAUUGAAGAAUAAGAAUAAGAAGGUCUAAUUUAGAUUUAAUGA